CUGUCACAUUGACGUUAGUUUUGUGUUGUAUUCGAACGUGAAGAAAGUUGUUUUAUUAUGUACUUAUCUAUUCCCUUGAAAGUAUGAUUCAAGCUGUUAAUUCAAAUGUAUAGUUAGUGCUUAAGUGAAUCAAGUGUAGUGUUUUAAGUACGUCUAUUAUUAAAAGCAUCAAUAUGGUUAUUAACAAAAUCGAACCACAAGAAUGCCUAAGAGAUUCUCCGAAGUUCAGGAGUGUCUUAGAGGAAGAAGAAACUAGCAUAGAUCAACUUGAGGGCAAACUAGAAAAGAUAUUGAAAGUCUGCGGAUCUAUGAUAGAUGCUGGAAAAACAUAUGUUGGACAACAAAGCCUUUUUGCGAACAGUCUAUGGGAUCUGAGCACGCAUUUCAGGGAAGACCCGAUGGUCUUAUCUUCUUUGAAUAAGCUAAUUCACAGUUUGCAGGAAAUGAACAAAUUCCACACGAUUUUGUUGGAUCAAGCCUCGCGUACGAUUCUCAAAAACAUCACGUCUUUCAUAAAAAAUGAUAUCAAGCAAGUGCGUGAUUAUAAGCAACAUUUCGAGAAGAUCUCGACCGAAUACGAUACAAUUCUUAUCAGAAACUCGCAUACACCUAAAAGUAAACCUCAAGAAGUUGAAGAGGUUCAAAAUAUAUUGGUCGCCGUCAGAUCCUGUUUCGGCCACCAAACGCUAGACUAUGUCAACAGUAUAAGUGUUUUGCAGAUGAAGAAGCGCUAUGAAAUUUUGAGUACGCUUCUGUCAUACAUGCAUGCUUGCACGACGUAUUACCAUCAGGGAUCUGAUUUGUGCGCCGAUUUGGAACCGUUCUUCAAAACCUUAGCUGAUGAGAUAGCUACAAUGAGAGAUGAAACGUACAAACUGCAAAAGGACCUCGAGAAUACUCACGCGUCCGUAUCGAAUAUAGAACUAGUCACCAGGAAAAACGAAAAGAACUCUCCUACUAUGGAGGGAUAUUUGUUCAAAAGAACCUCGAAUGCUUUCAAGACGUGGAACAGAAGAUGGUUCUACUUAUAUGACAAUAAGCUAGUAUAUAGAAAAAGAUCUGGUGAAGAGCAAGAGACUGUUAUGGAGGAUGAUUUGAGGUUAUGUACAGUUAAGCCGGUGUCAGAUGGAGAGAGACGGUUUUGUUUCGAGGUGCUGUCGCCUGCGAAAAGUCACAUGCUUCAGGCUGACUCGAAAGAAAUGUACGAUGCCUGGAUCACAGCGCUACAGAAAGGUAUCGGAGCCGCGAUUCAGAGAGUGCAAAGUUGCGAUUUGGAUAAUCACAAAAACAAUGUCGGCAAUUUGCACAGGCAUUCGAAUAAGGAAACGCGGAGGAGUCAAAACGGGCCGCUGUCUAAAGAUACAAGUAAAAUGAAAAAAAUAAAGUAAGUUCGCAGUUAGUCUGUCAAGGGCUGUCUUAAAAAUGUGGUUCCCAAAAAAUGUGUAAGAAAAAAAAUACGUUUCAAAUGGUGGAUUCGUUUUUCAAAUAAAAAAUUCCCUGUGCCUGAAAAAAAUGUGUGUACCUUAUUUUUGAGACAAUCGUGUGGCGUUUCAUCCUUAUUGGAAAUCAUCAGUACGAGACAGAUCCUCUGACAACGAACAAAGCAAAGAAUUUUCGUCUAUACGAGAAACUUGACGUUGACGUAAAUAGUGAUAAAGUUUUAAUUGUUAAUUUUGCAGAAUGUGGGAACAGCUGUUGAAAAUUCCUGGCAAUAAUUUCUGUUGCGACUGCGGCAGUCCCAAUCCUAGGUGGGCUAGUAUUAAUUUGGGAAUCACCUUGUGUAUUGGUACGUAAGACUAUUUAUAUUCCUAAUUGAAAUAGAUCGAAACCGUGCUCGAAAGUAGAAAUGUGUUAACACAACACAUCUUAAGAAGCGUGCAUUGCUGCUGAAUGAAAGUGGUUUGAACAUUUAUUGUGCAUUUAAUGAAUACAUUCAUGAAUUAAUAAAAGUCUGUUUUGCUGACUAUCACUCCGU